AUGAAGCACGGCAGCCCUAUCCUACGUGACAGGACCCCGGACCCCAGUAAGAGGGAGACGAUGUUGCACCAGGAGGCCUCCAGGCAGACAGGAGGCCGUGUGCAGUUGACAGGGGCAGAGCAGCGGCUCGACACACACCUUCACAAGCUAAAAGAACAAGAGAUGGCUGCAGCCCAGUUCCCUCCUGCCAUUCACUUCUUCAAGGCACGGCGCCUCAUCCAUAGGAGUCCCAUCUUUAGCCUGCUGCAAAUGAUGCCCAAAGGGGCAGCCCUCCACAUCCACAGCUCAUCCCUGGUUGAUUGGCUGGUGAAGAACAUCACAUACAGGCCCCAUUGUUACAUCUGCUUCACAUGGGGCAGGUCUGUACGGUUCGUAUUUUCUACCUGGGACUGCCUCUACUGGCAACUGUUGAAGACCUUGGGAGCCAACAUGGCGGAUCCUACAGACAUUUGUAUUUUUGGAUGUUUUUCCAGCUUGAUGCAAAACCUCAGACUAUCCAAUGAUGAUCCAAACACUACCUACCCGAGCCAGGAUGCAGUGUGGGAGAGAUUUGAGAUGGCAUUCGUGGCCAUAGCUGGGCUGGUCAUCUACGCUCCUGUGUUUAAAGACUUUCUCUACAAGGGCUUAGAACAGCUGUUUCAUGACAACAUCACAUACCUGGAACUAAGAACUGGGCUAUCAAGGGUUCAAAUACGAGCUGGAAGCAACCAUGAUAAAGCCUGGUCCUUGAGGACUUAUCAGGAAGGCACUCACCAGUUUGUGGCUGAACACCCUGGCUUUCUGGGAGCUCAACUCAUCAUUUCUGUCCCUGGGGUUCUAAGUGUGUCUGAUGUUAAAGCAGCUGUAAAAGAGGCCAUUCAGAUGCAGAAGGAUUUCCCAGAGCUUGUUGCAGGAUUCGACCUGGUGAUAAUUCUCUUGAGGGGUAAAACCAAUCAUUAUGUCCACUCAUUACUGAAAAUAACUGCAGAGCUUGGAGUCACGCUGCCAUACUUAUUUCAUGCAGGAGAGACUGACCAUGAGGGCACUGAAGUGGAUGAAAGCAUUCUGGAUGCCCUACUGUUCAACACCACACGUAUUGGGAAUGGUUGUGACAAUGGGUAUACCUUGGCACACCACCCACUGGCAAAGGAGCUCUCCAGGAAAGACAACGUGGCCGUGGAAGUAUGCCCCAUCUCAAACCAGGUGCUGAAGCUGGUGUCCGACCUAAGGAACCACCCUGCAGCUUUGCUGAUGUCUGAGGGCCACCUCAUGCUGGUCAGCUCUGAUGACCCGUCCCUGUUUGGGAACACUGGGCUUUCCUAUGACUUCUAUGGGGUAUUUGUGGGCAUCGGUGGCAUAGGUACAGUUCAACUAUGACAGACAAAAUGAGAAAAAAAAUCCAGAAAAUCAAAUUGUAUUAUUUUUUUAUGAAUUUAUUUGCAAAUUAUGGUGGAAAAUAAGUAUUUGGUCACCUACAAACAAGCAAGAUUUCUGGCUUUCACAGACCUGUAACUUCUUCUUUAAGAGGCUCCUCUGUCCUCCACUCGUUACCUGUAUUAAUGGCACCUGUUUGAACUUGUUAUCAGUAUAAAAGACAAUUUGCAUAAUUGGUGGCUGACUAAAUACAUUUUUGCCCCACUGUAUCCAGAACAACAGUAACAUUUUAGCAUCACUCACAGCUCCAUAAC